AUGUAUUUACUUGUGUAUGUUGAUGAUCUUAUCCUUACUGGUAAUCAUUCACCAACCAUUAAAUCCUUUAUUACCACUCUUGACAAGGAAUUUGCCAUCAAAGAUCUUGGGAGACUCAACUACUUUUUGGGAUUGGAGGUUACCUACACUACAAAUGGUCUUUUCUUGAAUCAAUCGAAAUAUACGAUGGAUAUUCUGACUCGGGCUAAAAUGUUGGACGCUAAACCAGCACCAACACCUUUAAGCUCCAAUGUUUCUUUUGUCACUGCAGUUAGUCAAUUUUUACAUGCUCCAACUGUUGAUCAUUUUAAGGAGAUAAAGAGGAUUCUUCGGUAUCUCAAAGGUACUAUUGCCUUUGGGUUACACUAUAGUCGUCCCACUACCACAUCGCUGCUUGGAUUCUUUGAUGCUGAUUGGGCCCGUUGCUUGGAGACACGUCACUCCACUUAUGGCUAUUCCAUUUUUUUGGGUGGUAACUUGAUCUCUUGGAGUGCUAAAAAGCAACCAACUGUUGCCAGAUCUAGUUGUGAAUCUGAGUAUUGUGCUAUGGCCAACACCGCUGCUGAAAUUGUUUCAAUCACUCAUCUUCUUCAAGAGUUACAUGCUCUUCCGCCUGAUAGACCAACCAUGCUAUGUGAUAAUCAGAGUGCUUUAUUUCUCACACAGAAUCCUGUUUCCCACAAACGGGCUAAACACAUUGAUUUGGAUUAUCAUUUUCUACGAGAACUUGUCAAUGCUGGAAAAUUGGUUACUAAAUUUGUUCCAACCAAGCUUCAGGUGGCUGAUAUUUUCACGAAGAGUCUUCCUUUGUCUCAGUUCAACAUUUUUCGUCAGAUGCUUUGUAUCAGUCCACCACCGUUCAGCUUGCGAGGGGAUGUUAGAUAA